AUGGCCUUCUGUAGCACUCAGUAUGCUUCAGGCGUCGCCUGCAUUUGCUUCGUUGCAGUGCUUUGGACCUUCGCCACAGUGCUGAAGCAACUCAUUUUCAGCGAUCUGAAUUACAAUGAGCCGUUGGUCCUGACCUAUGUCUGCAACGCUUGCUACGCGGUGCACUUCCCCUUGCACGGUCUCCUUCGAAUGACAAAAGUGGUUUCUCCCAUCCCCUGGAGAAGGGCUGAAGCUGAGGGAAGUGUCAAGAACGGGGAGGUGCGAGAAGCCAUGCGGGGCGGACUGAUCAUCGCACCGUUGUGGUUCGCGGCACAAUGGACCUACUCCGCUGGAGUGGCCUCCACGUCCGUGACGGCCUCCACGGUGAUCUCGACCACGUCCGUGGUUUGGACACUACUUGCGAGCAUUCUGUUCCUCAAAGAGAAAGUCACCGUUGUGAAGGUGCUGGGAAUUAUUUGCUGUAUGGCUGGGAAUGCAGCGACACUGCUUGGGAGCGACAAGCCCGAUCAAAAGGGACAAUUUUCGGGGGACCUGUUGUGCAUCGUUGCAGCCAUGCUCUAUGCGGCCUACACCACGGUCCUGAGCCGUAUUGUGCAACCAGACUUCUCCAUGGCUAUUUUGUUUGGCGUCAUUGGCGUUGCCAUCUUGGUGAUCGGGGCGCCCCUGGUCUUUAGCCUGAAACAAGAGGCCCUUCGGAGGAUGACGCCUGAGAUAUUCGGGCUUUUAAUAUUCAAUGGAAUUUUCGACAAUGUCCUAAGCCAAUUCUGCUGGGCGAAAGCGGUUCAAUGGACCUCUCCAACCACUGCCACAGUCGGGCUCAGCUUGACCAUCCCCUUAAGUAUCCUGGCAGACCUGGUGCGCCAGAAACACCUUACGCCUUGGACGUAUUUGGCGGCACUGCUGGUACUCUCAGGCUUUGUCGCUGCUGUGGCCAAACUAGAGAGAGAGCUCCUGGAAAAGGAGGAUGAACUGAACGAAAUCAGGCUCUUGAUAUCCACGUGUUGCUUGGGAAAGCAGAUACUGGUCCAACAGAAGUGGUUCGACAUGGCCAUCCAUGAGAAGGAUUCGACAAGGCUGGGCGGAUGGAUUUUUGGAGAUGAAGCAGACAAGUCCCAGAUCGUGACGAAGGCCCGACGCUUGCAACUGGGCAACCGCAUUGCCUGCCUCAUUGAAGGUGAAGAAGAUGUGGCCUCCAAGGAGUCGGCGUUUUGGGCCUUUGGCGCCGACGUCUUCAAGCUCACCUUCCGGACGCGGCGCCGGGACGCCCUGUGGUUCCCCAAGUCGGUGAUCGCCGAGGGGCGCAACGCGCUCUUCGCGGCCGCGGCGCUGUGGGAGCUUCAGUUGGGACAACGUUACCUUUAUUAUGUCUUUGUGGACGCUGAUGCUGAUGUGGAUGAUUGGACGGCGGGCUGGCAAGAUUUCGUUGAUUUCCUUUUCGACUGGGAACCUGCAGUGGGUCUGCCGGAGUUGUUCGACUACAGCCAAGUUUUGGGCGAGUAUCGACAGUCCGAUUCGUCUGAUGUGCGCAGUGUCCUUAACUUUGACCAUACGGUCGUUGCUGUGCACUCGGAUGCAUCCCACUGGCUGCUGCCAUAUGUCAUCGAUCUUGAUGAUGAUUGCCAAUGGGUCUCCCAAUGGAGAUUUUCCUCCCUGGCCAAUGCAUUAUUUCCGGAGAAUACGCUGUUGACGCACAAGCUGGUUGUGAAGAAUCCGCACCAUGCGUCCUACAGCAAAUCUAGGUGUUUGGAGCUCAUGCUGAGCGUGACCGACGAGCUUCGAGAAGAUACAGACUUCAAGAGCUGUUUUGUGGAGCCUUCCAACAAGGCUUUGGUGGUGGAUGGCAUGCCGCGUUUAACGGCGUACUUGCCCUGGUUUUCUCCCCGGAAGCGGGACACCCAAAUGAACUACAGCGAGCCGCCACAGAUGAAGAGCUGUGACCAGGAGCCAGUGGUCCAGGCCAUGAAUGAAGAUGAAACCUACUCUUGGUGUCGCGGCUGCCCCAUAAGCGUGGCCUUCGCGGUAUUGCAAACCAUUGUGACUUCCAGGCCUUUUGUCUUCACCGCCUGGCUGAAGCUUGCGAACCUCUUGGCCGUGGCCGCGGCAACACGAGAGGACUUGGUGGUCUCCCAUGUGGCCCUGACGGUGGCCGGGCGGCUCCUGUGGUGUGCUGGUGGGGUGAAGGGCAGCGAGAUCAACCCGGAGGAGCUGAAUCAGUUUUGGGAAGGACAUCGGCAGCUGGGGAUCCACCUGGCGCCCACAGGGGAGACGAUCGAAGAAUUGGAGGACCUCAUCAUGAGCAUGGGCGAAGGUGUUGUGUACAACUCUGUGAGAGCAGCGUUGUCACCAUUUGAAGCUACACCCGAAGUGAAGCCUGCGAUGAUUUCAGAGGAGAACUUGCGGACUUUGGUGAACAUUGUCAAAUACUGCAAUGAGCCUGAAGCUGCACGGAAGUUAGAGGGAACUCUGCGCAGCAAGGAAAGCAGCUUCGAGGCACAACUUGCCAAGAAGGAUCAGGAGAUCGACAUGAAGAACCAUGAGCUUCGGGAGCGUGAGAAUGAGCUUCGGAAGAAGGACCAUGAGAUUGAGACCCUCAAGAAGCAGGUGCGCUCCCUCCAAGAUCAGGUCAUCAUUGACCGCCAGCAUGUGGAGGAGAUGAGAAACACGAACUGCGCUUUGCUCCAGGAGAGACAAGUUCGAGAAAGAGAGCUCCAGGAGAAGUCCGAGGAGCUGACCAAAUUCCUUCUAGACUUGGAUGUGGCUCAGCUCUUUUCAGCGUGUUCCAGCCGUGCCCCUUUCACCCCGAAACAGGGGUGA